AUGGCACAGGAAAGAUGCAGCGCUUUCGACGACGACAGCUUCGGCGUCUUCUGUCACCCUGUCGGCUGGCAGUUCCUCACCGACGGCGAGCGCAAUAGCCUUAUCCAGGCUUUCUUGGCUACCGACGCAAGCUGCAUCGUCAAUGUGCACAGCUAUGCUCGCUGGAAUGGUGCUCCAAGCAAUGAGAUCUUCGCUUCACUCCGGGGCAGUAUCGCAAGCGAAUACGUCGACAAUGACCAGAUCAUUUUCGGAGUCAUGAUCGAGCCCAUGAUAUCCCUGACAUCAAUAUCUGGCAACAUCAAUGAUGCCUUCGGCCUGCUUGCGACCUACUUGUGUGUCAGCGGCCGCCAUGCGUUCAACACCGAGACCGGCGACAGAAACACCGACCCGUUCUUCCUCGGCUAUGUCAGCAGGGCCGCAGACCACUUUGACUCAAGCUACGCCCUCCGCGAGGUCCCAACGGACACCAACGGUGUCUAG